AUGAAUUCCUUACCUGAGGAUCUAUUGGCGAUGAUACUCGUCAAAUUACCAAUAAAGAUUUUCACAACUUUCAAAAUUGUUUGCACGCAAUGGGAAUCGAUGGUGGAUUCUCCAUAUUUCCGUGACCUGUUUCUAUCUAUUCAUCAAAACUCGCAUUAUUCAUCAUGGUCGAUCCUGUCUCGCUGUGAUGAAGAAGUCAUAGCUCACUAUGGAUGCAACACUUGGGGACUCCAACGAUCUCUCCACUUCUACAUCUCGUCUUUCCUUACCAAGAAGUUUGAAACACAAAGAAACAACUACAAAGUAUGGUCUUACAGUACUGAUGUUGGAAUGAUUUUGAUCAGUGAAAACUGUAUCUGCGUGAAGAACCGAUCCUUGUACGUAGCUAAUCCAGUUUCACAGGAAUGCGUAGAGAUCCCUUCUCAUGGUUAUCUCAAGAAAGUCUCAUGUCCCUUGGGAAUUGCCACACGAACUGAGAAUGGCGUUCUUUUGGAUUACAAAGUUGUUUUGUUUAAUGGAAGCGAUACGUUUAGAAGGUUGCUGAUAUAUUCAUCCCAGACUGGCAUGUGGAGUAUCAACACUGUCGAUUUGACUGUGUCAGGUUUUCAUAACCAGUCUCCCAUUAGCUUGCACGGGAGUAUUCACUGGAUCGCCAGCACUAGUCACAGUGAAGAUGUUGCUGUAUCCUUCGAUUUAUACGCCACUGGUACGAGCUCUGUUCAAUGCCGUGUGACUACUUUCCCUGAUUUCGGAAAACAUCCCAAAUUCACUAGAUCGUUCUCCACUUGUCAAGGAUCUCUCAUGUAUAUGAAUAUAAUCUCUAUAACCAAAGUUGAUGGAAGUCUAGAGAUAAUAUCUGCAAGACUUUAUUGGUUUCUCAAAGAGAAAAAUGGAAGAAAAGUGUUACCACAAUGUCAGCCGACUCCAUUAUCAUAG